GUGAAAUCCUCAAGUUAACCGCGAAAUGGUGGUUCAAAAGGGAGCCACCCUCUCAUAGUACCCUCUCAUAGUAUCUUGGGAGCCCACAAAAUGUGACCCAGACAGUGCGUGAAGCGCGCGCAUGGUCUCAUGCACCUAUCCGAGCCUGUUUUGCCUCGAAUUGGGCUCGCCUGAUCAGAUCCAGGCCGCUUGGACUCUGAGCUGUUUGCAGUUGCCGUCAGCAUUUCAGUACCAUGCGCAGCGGCUGCAGCCCGGAGACAACUCAUCCCUAGGAACACUGUGAAAGAUGGUGCCUAUUUGCGUGCCAAUAUGCAGAUGCAUCAGAACCAGCUGAACUGCCCAAAGAUGCGUCAGAUGAACCAGCAGAUGCCCCAGAUGCAGAUGAACCAGAUGAGUUUCGUUGAAGUCCAGGCGCCGUUGCCGCAGAUGCCGGGCCAGCAGUGUGUGAUCGCCAUGUUUCUGGCGGGGCCUCAGCACAUGCACCAGCUGCCCUGCAUGAUGGGCAACAAGGUCAGCCCAAUGCCCGGCACUCCCUGCACUGGAACGCCAAGCACCAGCGAUGAUGAAGUACAGGACGAACCAACAGAGCCGGAGGUGACUCUCACGACCUCGGCCGCCCGGCGCUUGCGGCGCCAGCGGGCAGCGCAGCGGGCGGCGCAGAACAGCACGGGCGCCGGAUGGUGGGCGGCAGGUCCCGUUGCGGCGGGCCUGGUGUGCAAUCCGGUCUCGGACUUCUUUGCGCAGCAUUCCGAGCAAAAGCUCCAGGAGCAGCUUCGUGGAGACCAACAGGAGGUGACAGCGGCUUUGGAAGUGUUGAAGGGCCACGUUUGGGACCUGUCCUGCCACCCCACGGGCUGCCGCUUGGUGCAACUGGCCCUGGAGAACGCGAAGCAACGCCAGGCCAGCGAGCUGGGCUCUGAGCUCAAGGGCCACGUGCAGGAGGCCAUGGCGUCCCCCCAUGCCAACUACGUGGUGCAAAAGAUCCUGACGCAGCUACUUUGGAACUCCUGCAGCUUCGUGGCUGAAGAGUUCCAGGGCUCCGCCGCAGCUCUGUCACAGCACCGCUUCGGCUGCCGCGCCUUCUGCCGGCUCUUGGAGUUCCAUGCCCAGCAAGAGGGUACGCUGCUUCUGGUGGAUGAAAUCCUUCAGGAGUCCGUGGAGUUGUGCUGCCACCCCUUCGGGCACCACGUGGUGCAGUCCAUCCUGGAGCACGGUUUGGUGGAGCACCGGGACAGGGUGGCGCUAGCCAUCGCCGCCAACGACACGCUGGGCCUUGCGACGGAUCAGAACGCCAGCUAUUUGGUGGAGAAGGCGGUGUGCUCAUCCUCGCCGAGAUACCAGGAGGCGUUGCUCAAGGAGCCUUCGGCCAUUCCUCGCUCACCUGGCCAUGUCCCGCUUUGGAUGCUACGUGGCAAGGGCGCUGGUGGAUCAUCCCAUGACCCACCGGGCCUCCGCUCUGCAGGAGAUCAGAAGCUGCCAGCAAGAGCUCAGAAAGACGAAGAGCAUGGGCUGCUGCUCCUCCUGGAUCUGGGCUUGAUGCAGAGGAAGUCCAAGUAGAUGAUAUGUCUCAAAAUGGUUUUGGGGCCCCACAUGGCUGGCAUGCUUGUGGUUAUCCUUUCAACGUUCACCCCAAGAAGGGGCACCCGCAAAAACGACUCGCCCAUUUGCCGAGUCGAGUCGAGUCGUCGAUGGCUAUGAUUAUGGAUUUUCAUAUUGAAGCCACGACCCGACUCGGGACUUCCAUUGCGGGCGCCCCGCACGCAUGUGCUGGGGAAUCUUACCUGCACGUAUGUGCUGACAGAGGAUCUUCUGUUUGGGGUCCUCAUGUGGAUGCUCCGCCUGCCUGACGCCUCGCGGAUGCAAGCCACCAAUCCUCGCCUAGAUGCUUUGCAUGAAAAUACCCGAAAUGAUACAGAGCCUGACCAACACGGUCGCGUGCAUUUUGUUGUGCACGAUUUGCAGCUCCGAGCCUCCACUGCAACCCCAGAGCCCUCAUGGGUUUGGUCGAAACAUCUCGGUGGAUGUGGAAGCAUGCGGAGCUCACUAUUUUUUCCUCGCGAACACCAGGGGGACUCACUGAAGCGCACAGUACGGUGGCUGUCGGACUGCUCGGAGAAGGCCUUGCCGCAAAGACUAAGCCAGAGUGUGGAAAUUCUAUCCUUCCCC